GGAAGUCCGGCAUGAGUGAUGACGGCUUGUGGCCGGGAUAAGGGGUUCUCGCCGGUGGGCAGUGAGCGAUGACCAGGCUCCUGGGCGUGGCGCACAGAGUGGCUUUGGCUGCCGUGCGUUGCAGUGGCCGCAGCUGCCGCGGGCUCGCCAUGUUCUAUGCCGUGAGGAGGGGCCGCAAAGCCGGGGUCUUCCAGACCUGGGAUGAAUGCAGAGCCCAGGUGGACCGGUUUCCUGCAGCCAGAUUUAAAAAGUUUGCCACAGAAGAGGAAGCCUGGGCCUUUGUCAGAAGCUCCGCGAACCCUGAUGGUUCAGAAGGGCAGAAAAAUAAACGUGUACAGGAAUCACAAGUGAAGGCAAACAAGCGACUUCAUGAGCCCUUGGAUGAAGGUGAAGGUGAAACCACAGAGCCGUGUGCAAAGCACGUGAAACAGAAUGCAGAACCGCUGCCUUCAGUGAGCAAAGACACGUUUUCUUAUAUGGGGCACUCUGUCGUCGUCUACACGGACGGCUGCUGCUCCAGUAAUGGGCGGAGGAGGGCUCGAGCAGGAAUCGGUGUUUACUGGGGGCCGGGCCAUCCUUUAAAUGUAGGAAUUAGACUUCCUGGGCGACAAACAAACCAAAGAGCAGAGAUUCAUGCAGCCUGCAAAGCCAUCGAACAGGCGAAGGCUCAGAACAUCAAUAAGUUGGUUCUCUACACAGACAGCAUGUUUACUAUCAACGGCAUCACUAAUUGGGUGCAAGGCUGGAAGAAGAGUGGAUGGAGGACAAGCACAGGGAAGGAGGUGAUCAACAAAGAGGACUUCAUGGAGCUGGACAGGCUUGUCCAGGGCAUGGACGUUCAGUGGAUGCAUGUUCCUGGCCAUUCGGGAUUUAUAGGCAACGAAGAAGCUGACAGAUUAGCAAGACAAGGCGCGAAGCAAGCUGAAGACUGACCAGGUUGUACACCACCAAAGUGAAGCCUAAGGAGAACUGUGGACUUGGGGCGAUGGUGCUGGGUCAGUGCCGGUGCAUCGAUUGUAACAAACGUCCUGCUCUGGGAGCGGGUAUGGAUAGUGGGGCGGUCUGUGGGGGGAGAACAUGAGAAUUCUCUGUACCUUCCUCUUUGCUGCCAACCCACAGCUGCUCUAAAAGCAGGCUUGUACACUACACUUUAAAUGUAUACAAUUUUAUUUGUCCAUUAUACCUGUGGAGGGGGAGCUGCAAAAAAUGCAAACAAUGUGUUAGAUGAAUGAAGAAAAACGGAAAAGAAACAGUAUUCCCACAGCAUCUUCAAAAUUGCUAGCAAGUCUGUUCCAGGUGAAUCUCCUUUUCAAUGCAGUUAUUAAGACUGAUUAUCAUUUUUGUAUAGAAGAGCCACUGUCUUCUGAAACGUUAGGAAUUCCAGCUUGCUAGGCUCUUACUCUGUUUAAAACUGCUCCCAUUAACUUCCUCGAGUUGUCUGGUAUACAGUCCCGUCAUCUAACAGUCAUCUCGUUUCUUCUUUCCUGUACGUUACGUCACUUAUUACAGUCUCGUGUCUGAUUGCCUCUCCUGGCACUUCCUGACUGUUUCCCGUUCAGGUGAGAAGCGGCGGGGAAGGAGGGCAUCAGAGCAAACGUCUUCAGUUACGUGUGCUUUCAACCUUGUCAAGUGUGUGGUGUCGUCUCACACUUAUUUAUCUUUGGCGUAUCCCACCAUCCAAAAGCACACUGUCGAGUUUAUUUCCUGUAGUCGAUUUUACAAAGGAUAGUCCCACGGACGCCAUGGCCCCCAGCCUGUGUCCCCUGCCCCGCCUGCACCUCUGCCUUUCACGCCCCCUUGGUGCCCAGGUUCUGCACACGGCCAGCCCCCCGCCUCUGCUGCCUGCCUUUUCAGAUGCUGCCGCAGCUCCUGCUUUCUCCUUUCUCACUGUUGCUCAGCCAAGAGGACUCCUUGACCUCAGCCACCCGGCCCGGAGGUGUGCACCAUGGUGGCCCUGGCUGAGGGGCUGUGCUUCCCAGUCUGUGGGCGGAGGCACCCCACUGGGCCGCAGGAUCUCUCCGGGGAGCUUAAGGUUCGGAGGGAAACACAGCCAGGCUGCAGCCUGGGGAAGCUCGCGUUCAGAGUCAGACCACGCCUUCCAGUGACUCGCCCCCUUGCCAAGCAGGCGUUGGAGUGGCUGCUGACAUAAGGAGCCAGUACUUGCCAGGACCGACCGAAGGCCACGCGUCCACCCUGGGAAGGGUCUGCCGGGCCCACGUCCCGGUCGUCUGCAGGUGUGUUUGCUAAGGAGUGAAAUAGAAAUUUCUUUUGAUAUAUGUGGAUUCUCUUUUCUGUGUCCACCCUGGGAAGGGUCUGCCGGGCCCACGUCCCGGUCGUCCGCAGGUGUGUUUGCUAAGGAGUGAAAUAGAAAUUUCUUUUGAUAUAUGUGGAUUCUCUUUUCUAAUGACUAAGUUGCUGGGCAUAAAUAUUAGUUGUUUAGACCUAACUGUUCAUCCAGGAACUGUCAGGUAUUUGUUUGGGCCUGAGGGGGGCCAUGAAAACAUUUUCUGAGACAUUAAGGAGGCAGUGAAUGGAGAGAGUUCCAGAAGCUGUGGGCUCUCCGGGUAGUUUUCUUACUGUUCCAUAUAAAUCAUUUCCUGCUUGUCUGUCUUUUCAGUUGGAAUGUGAGUUUCCUGUUUGGGGGAGAUUUUACAUUUUUGCGUCUGUAACAAGGGCCUCUGUCGCACCUGUGUUCCCUCUGGGGUUUAGACGUGUCCUGUCACAUCCCAGUGCCACGUGGGCCCUGCCAGCAUCACCUGGUUGAGGGCCAUGGAGACUGAGAGCCCCCAGGGAGGGCGAUCCCAGCACCGCAGUUCAGCAGCUUGAAGACGCUCGUUAUUUGAGGUUUCAACAUCUCUGAAUCUGGGGUGUCUUGUGGUCAGGGGUGUGUCUCUCUUUAGCUGUCUCUUCACUCCUCAGGGGCCGUGAAAUAACUGCACUGUUAUGGUUGGGGGGUCUUAGAUGUGUUGGAAUAGGCGACUCAAUCCACAGGCAGUGUCUCGGGUUUGGGGCACUGGGGUCUUCCCGCAGCCCAUCCUGCCCUGAGUGUGGAGGAGCUUCAAGCAGAAAACAGACCCAGCCGCUGCGCAUCUCCUGGAGGGUGUCCGGGUGCUGAGAGCUCCCGGGUGCAGAGGCCACGUGCUCUGAGUCUGGGAAGCAGGCUGGGGUCAGGGGACAGGACACGCGGGAAGAACUGCCCCCACCUGGGGAGAAGACAAGACGGGGGGCCGCAGCGGCUUGGUCAGGGGCAAACAGCACUUCUUAGACAAACGUAAAGUAAUCAGGGCCCGGCUGGAGGACGUGGAGCUGCAUGUGUGCACGGGUGCUGCCGUGGGCUGAACUGUGCCCCAGAAAUUGUUAUGUCAGAGCGCUGGUCCCAGCACAGAACGUGGCUGCGUUUGGAGACUGAGCCGUCAGUGAGGUGGUUGCAUUAUAAUGAGGCUGUUUGGGUGGCCCUCGUCGCACAGGGCUCGAGAUGCACUUGCAGUGGGAGGACCGCGUGAGGACACAGCCAGCAGGCGGCCGUCUGCAGGGCAAGGCGAGAGGCCUCCCAGAAACCAGCCCUGCCGGCAUCCUGAUCUUGGAGCCCCAGCCUCCGCAACUAAGGGGAGGGAAGCCUCUCUGCUUAAGCCCCGGGGCUGUGGUGUUCUGCUGCGGCAGCCCGAGCAGACGGGGGCAGAUACAUACAUGAACGUUUGGAGGAUUCCAUUCCAAAACAGAAAUGGCGACCGCAGGUGGUGGGGUCAUGAUGACUGCAGAUUGUUGACUGAGUUAUUGUUGCUAAGUUUCUCAACUAACUUGUGUUACGUGUUUAAUACAAGGACAUACAAAUUGAACGUAAACAUUGAGGAAGAAUCACCUCACACCUGUCAGAAUGGCUGUCAUCAAAAAGAACACAAAUGGGGACUUCCCUGGGGGUCCAGUGGUUAGGACUCCAAGCGUCUACCGCAGGGGACACAGGUUCGAUCCCGGGUCGGGGAACUAAGAUCCUGCAUGCCGCGCAGCCCAGGCCGAAAACAAACAAAACCCCACAAAUAAAAAAAUGUUCGCAGGGCUUCCCUGGUGGCACAGUGGUUAAGAAUCCGCCUGCCAAUGCAGGGGACACGGGUUCGAGCCCUGGUCCGGGAAGAUCCCACAUGCCACGGAGCACUUGAGCCCAUGUGCCACAACUACUAUGCCUGUGCUCUAGAGCCCGCGAGCCACAACUACUGAGCCUGUGAGCCAUGACUGCUGAGCCCGUGAGCCACAACUACUGAAGCCCGUGCGCCUAGAGCCUGUGCUCCGCAACAAGAGAAGCUACUGCAAUGAGAAGCCUGCACACCGCAACGAAGAGUAGCCCCCGCUCGCUGCAACGAGAAAGCCCACGCACAGCAACGAAGACCCAACGCAGACAAAAAUAAAAAAUAAUAAUAAUAAAUUUAUUUUUAAAAAAUGUUGGCGAGGGUGUGGAGGAAAGGGAGCCCUCCUGCACUGCUGGUGGGAAUGUAAAUUGGUGCAGCCACUGUGGAGAACAGUAUGGAGGUUUCUCAAAAAACUAAAAACAGAGCUCCCAUGUGUAGAGCUGGAAUUCCGGGCUUUGUGCCCCGGCCUCUAGUCUGCCAGCUCUCAGUUGGGAACUUGUGCUGGGCCUGGGCGGGGCUUUGGGUGGAGCUGGGAGGGACCCCAGAGCCCGUAGUGAACAAAACCCGGGCGGAGCCUAGAGGAAGCCGGGCCCCAGCACACGGCGGCGUCCCCCCCGUCCCCCACCACAGCAGGGAGCCGCCCCGGGCUCAGCACGCGGCCCGCUUCCCGCCUGCGCUCACCCUGGCUGGCUCCGGCGCCUGUGCGACACAGACAGCUGCCCGAUGGGCACGGGGUUUCCAGCCUGGACCCUCCCCAGGCCCGGGCCGACUCUCCUUGGCAUCUGCCCUCGGACCCCUGGCAGACCCGUCAGACGUGCGCACAGCGGGGCAGUCGGCUUUGCCCGCGCCCAGCCCGCCGCGCCCGAGCCUUCCCCACCUCAACGCGGCGCAUCCCCUCCCUCCGGGCG